UCAUUUAGCAGCGAGAGUGAACCAUAACGGCAACGUAGUUUUGGGAAUAUAUUUUCUAAUGGAUCCCGCUAAGCAACUAGGAAUUGGGAAAGAGCAGGCGAGAAUAGAGCAUUUGGCGCGUCGCAAUUUCGAGAAGAAAUGGUCUCAACUUGGUGAUGCAAAGUUGAACAGGUUCUACAAUCAAAACGAGGUCAAUCAACAGCUGCGCGAUAUACUGAAAAACAAAGAGCUCUGCUCUUACAAAUAUACGGGCAAUGGAGACUCAUAUUUCGUCUCACCGGACAUGUACAACUCAUUGCUAGCGAAAUGUCGUUGCGGUCGGAAGCGCAGUGAAACACACUUUUUAAAAUGCCUACAAAAGGCGGAAAGUCCAAAUAGUCAGCGUGCAACGUCAGCCGAUCUCAGUAAUUCAGCGCAGCCUCAGAGUUACGAAAAUGCAUGCCAACCAACGGCGAACAGAAGCAAGAGUGCGGUCAACACCUCUUUUCCAAGAACCUCAAAUUCGUUAAUUGGUUGGCAAAAACGUCCUUCCAGCUACAAACAAUGGGAGAACUCAAUGAAACACAUAUCACCGAUUGCUACUAUGCCUCAACCACGACUGACUGCCACUUCAUAUAAUAUUCUUCACAUUGCAUAAAAACUUAAUUUUUAAAUUUUUGAAAAAAAAACUUAUUUUUAUAAUAUUAACCAUUUUUUUAGAUAUGUAGGUGCAACUUUCCACAUAAUUCUCUUCUCGUUAGUGGGAAAAUCGCUCGCCACAGCUCUUCAGUUGAAUAAAAAUUUGUUUUU